AUGGAGCAAUUCGAGAACCAAGAGGGAACAACUCUUCAUUCGUUGGGCAGCCGCACGAUUAUUCGAUAUGAGAACAAUCUUGUCGUGAAGUCGGGCGAUAUUCGUGCUCACGAAGCACAAACACUUCAGUUUAUCGCAGCGAAAACGACAAUACCUGUUCCCAAAGUUCAUAAUAUUCAUUACGAAGAUGGGAAAGUGAUGGCCAUCGUAAUGGACUACAUACCUGGCAAGCGACUCGACGAAGCGUGGGAUACUUUAGACUCUCAUCAGAAACUCUCCAUCGCCAACGAGCUUCAUUCUUAUCUGAGCCAACUUCGCAAGUUGAAAGGCGACUACAUCGGAGCAAUUGGCCGUGGUCAGGCUAUAAUUGGCCAGAUUUCAUCACUUGAGGGAGGUCCAUUUGAUUCUGAACAGCAGUUCAAUGAGUUUAUACUGGGAGAUAUCGUCAAAUCAGCGCCAAAAAUUCUGCGGCAUUAUGCCAAAUAUGCGCUGAUGGAUAACCAUGAUAUCGUCUUCACUCAUUCUGAUUUGUCUCCGCGGAAUAUUCUUGUCGACGGAGGCCGUGUCACAGCUAUCAUUGACUGGGAAUAUGCCGGUUGGUACCCGGAACACUGGGAAUAUAUUCAGGCCCUCCGACAACUGAAACCAAUGCCUGACUGGCCCGAUUAUCUGUCUCGGAUUCUUCCUCCCAGAUUUGAGAGGGAAUACAUAGGCAUGUCAUUUCUAUCUCGUCUCAUGCGCCACUGA